AUGAAACAGAAAUGUUUUUAUCUUUGGACGACACAGACUUUUCCCGCAUAAAGUUACCAACAAGAUUAGUAAAAACAAUCAAGAAGAUCCAACAUGAAAUUAUCAGCAAACGAGUGAAUUUUCCAGAUGACAUGAACGAGUAUAUUCUUGAGGACUUUCAGAUUGAAGCAAAUUGUCUCACUGAUACUAAAGAACAAAUUUACACUAUCGAGGAAACGCUAGAACAACAAAACGAAGAACAGCUUGAACAGCUUGAAGAAAAUUCCAGAGAGUCAAGUUUUAACAACAGCCUAUGUUUGGAACUCGGUAUUGACAUCGAAAGAACUGAAGAAGGAAAAUGCAUCUUGGAAAAACUGAAGCAGAACGAAAAACCGAACGACACAACCAUAAAAAAGAUCACCCAUAUACUCUGUAAUUACCUAAAAGACGCCUACAGUGUACGCCCCACGACAUAUCAUAAAAACCUCAUUGCACAAACUCUUGUGGCUAAAUAUCCGGCUUUGGCAUCAACGGUGUCGGUUGUUCCUCACGCUCUCUGGUUCUAUGAAAAUGGCAGGGGAGAAGGACGACAUGCAGGCAAGCUCCAUUAUCACAUGGAGUAUUUAGCGAAACAAUCUGACCAACGUGUCAUUCGCAGAGAAUCAUUGAAAUCAAAACCUAAGGAGGUAGAGGCUGUUGAGGAUACCGAAAUGACUGAUAUAGAAAUGAGUUCAAUGAUCGAGGAAUUGAAAUUUACUACUCCCACUACCGCAAACAAAGCACGCAUAGUGCAUAUUUUGGAAAAAACGUAUAACCACCGUGAUACUUUUCGUAAAAAUAACGAUUUUGCAUCAUAUUUAGAAAAUUUUCCCCCGGCAUCAGCAUACAAUGGACAGAUGAUUGCACUUGAUUUUGCAAGAAUGUUUGGUUCAACAGAUUUUCAAAACAAAUGGACUGGUUGGCAAAACCGAAUAUUAGCUGGGUUCAAUCAUCUGUUCGAAGAACUCGACGAUGAUUUUAUUCGAUGUCUAGCUAUUGUGCGAGCAAAAAACCCUUCUCGGGGCUCAAAACGAAUUCGCGAGGACAAAGAUGCUAAUAGGAAUCCUCUGCACGGAAUUAUUUCUUGGGUUGGGGAAGACGAUCCGAUUUCCACAAACAACUGUAUACCAUUAUUAGUUGUAAAAGGUAGCAUGCUGCAAGGAGAUGGGGAAUGUUUCUUGACUUGGAAAAACAAUAUUAUGCCUGUUGAUAGUAUUACUCUCGGUUUUGAAAAACUAUGCCAAUCUUUUGAUGUUUUUUCAGUGGAUUGCGCUGCUACUGACAAACAAUUCUACUUAUUCUUCAAAGCUGUCAUUUUUGGUGCAGGAAAAUUAACCACAACGGGAGAAAAGUUUGCUAGAUCUCUAAAGUAACACCCAAGUAAAACGUAAAAAUGAAUGUAAAUAACUUAUAAUGCAUAACUGCCAUGUGAAAAUGAUAUUACAGUGAUUUAAAUAAGAUAACUAUCAUAAAUGUACUAGAUUUUUAAGUUUUGUUUUUAAGUUAAAGUAAAAAAUAACUUAUAGUAGUAAUAUGAGUUGUGCGAGCACAAUAAUAAUGUAACAUGUAAGAGUAAGUAAUAUUAGCGAAUGCAUUAAGACUAAAUGUCUUAAAAUUUAUUCUAGAUGUAUAAGUCUUCAUUUAAACAUUCCUAUAUUAGAUAAAAAUUAUUAAAAAGUUGCAGUCGUUUUAUUCGCGACUCAGCAAACGCUGUGAAAAAGGCGAAUUUGAUUGGUCUAACUUGUAGAAUCAUUCAUAUAUUUUUAAUACUAGCAUUUACAUUUUGCACCCAUUCAUACAAAAAAUAUUAGAAAUUCAACAUUCAUUUACAAGAAAAAAUGUGAUUUAUACAUAGAAAAACUUGGAAAAUAUGGAUGAAUAAUAAAUACGCCUUUUCAAUGUUUUUGCUGAAAUAGGAUAAAAUGAGAUAAUCUUGAUGACUGUCCUUUAGUUUGAUACAAACAUUCAACAAUGUUUAUUAAACUUUACUGAUUCUCGUGCAGUUAUUUCAAAGAUCAACGAUUGUCGGUAAUUUGUGUUUGCUGAUCUUCAGCAACGUGAACUGGUUGA